GCAGUCAGUCUAUAGCAAAUCAUGGAUCGGAAAAGACGUCUAGCAUUGCUCCUAUUACUACGUCACCGCCGAAAUCGACGCAAGAUCACAAGACGGUACUGGAUCAGUCCUUUCAUUUCAUUAAGAAAUCGUGAUGGACAGUUUUUUUUUUUAGAAUAUCGGGAGUUGCUAUUAGACGAAAAGAAGUUUUAUAAUUUUUUUAGAAUGAGUGUAUCCAGCUUCGAAUGUUUAUUGAAGUCCUUAGAACCACACAUACGAAAAAACUAUACUAAUAUGAGGAAUCCAGUGGAACCAGUAGAAAUGCUGGGAAUCACUUUAAGAUACCUAGGAAGUGGAAAUUCAAUAACUGAUUUACAUUUCAAAUUCAAACGGGGAAAAUCUACUAUUGCAUAUAUAAUACAAAGAGUUUGUCGUGCUAUAUGGACCAAUCUUCUUCGAGACAACAUCCCUGAACUGACAACUGAAAGUUUCCAAACAAUAGCGAGGGGUUUUGAUGUAAAGGCAAAUUUUCCUCAAUGUGUUGGUGCCAUCGACGGCAAACAUAUCCGCGUGUGUAAUCCUGCAAAUAGUGGCUCACUUUUUUUUAAUUAUAAAGCCUUUUUUUCGAUUGUGUUGCUAGCUAUUGUGGAUUCAAAUUACAAAUUCGUAUUUGUCGACAUCGGUGCAUACGGAAAAGAAUGCGAUUCAACCAUAUUACAAAAUUCUAAACUGUACGAGCUAAUGAUUAACAACAACUUACCACUACCUCAACCCCAGCCACUCUCUGGUAGCAAUAUACCAACCCCGUAUGUAUUUGUGGGUGACGAAGCUUUUGGACUGAGCAAACAUAUUAUGCGUCCAUAUGGCGGUCAAAAUCUCGACUUACAACAAAAGGUUUUCAAUUACCGUCUAAGCAGAGCCAGAAGAUAUGUCGAAUGCGCUUUUGGGAUUAUGGCUAACAAAUGGCGCAUUUUUCACAGACCGAUAGACGUGUCCUAUGACUUCGCUACUGACAUUAUAAAAGCAUGUUGUGUAUUACACAAUUUUGUCGCUGAUCGAGACGGUUUUAGACAAAGAGAUAAAUUUGCUAUAAGUGUUGAUGAAUUUCUCCCAAUACAACCCGUACAUGAAGAACAGACAGCACCGAAUGUCAUAAGACAGCAAUAUGCGACCUAUUUUAUGACUAGAGGAACUCUGCCUUGGCAGCUAAAUAAGGUAUAAUUGUAUUAUGAGGGUUUUCAAGAUUUUCUUGCACCGCCAAUUCCGCGAUCAGUAAAAAAAUAAUAUUUUAUACCUACUCAGCGUAGUCUAGGUUAGUUUUGAGCUAAGUAAUAAAAUAGUACUCACGCUAAUCUAAAUUCCCUAAGUUUUAAAAUUUUAGAGUGUCGAGAUAUUAAUUGAGUAGUCCACUUUCAAACCCCGUUAAGUUUAUGCAGCAAUUAAUUGAGAAAACUAAUUAAAAUGUUUAGACUUAAAAUUACGAUAUUAAGAUGCAUUUUUUUGUGUAUUACAUGAACUUAGUAGCACAUCGAAUUAAAUUAUGUUAGCAAAUAAAAUCACUCUUUCAUAAUAAUCAUUUAAUUUGCAUUUUAAAAUUAAACAUAGCUAGUUUUGCAAAAGAUUUUUUAACAUAGAUAGUUUUGCAGUUGUAUGCAAUCAACAUAGGCAGUUUUGAAAUAAUCAAAUAUAAGCUUCUAUUUUCCUCUACUCUUAAGAAAUUACAAUUUUUAUCUAUUAUUACACUCUUAAGUCUAUUUCUUCGUGUAUUAUGGUUUCUUCAUUAUCAGUCUCUUCUAUAACAGUCUCAUUUGGUUCUUCUUGAAGAAAAUUGUAAUAUUGUAAAUAAUCGUAAGAAGCCCAAUCUUCACCGAAAUGUUUUUUCAAAAGAUUUCGCACAUCAUUUAACUUUACUGGUUUUACUGGAACUCCAACAUUCAUCAUAACGGGCACAAUAUUUUCGAAUGAUUUGCCUCUUUUGCAAACGUUGCCAUAAUUUAUUACCUCAGAUACAUAAUUAGGUUCCCCUUUAAUGGCAAUUCUAUUAUUUUUAUCCUUUCUUAAAAAGAAUCUUUUAGAGGCAUUAAAUUGAAAGUGCCAAGAUCCAGGUAACUUAAGUACGUUUUUAACGCUUGAUUUCCAAUCAUAAAAAUGGAAGUCGCUGCCUAGUCUGAGAACCGUACCAUACUUUUUAAAAAUAUCAAAAUAUGUCUGGGGUUCCACAAUGACUUCUAAAGGACGUAUUUCUCUUUCGAUAUUUCCAAAUACACGGUCGGGGGGCAAAAAUGAAUGCCCCACUACAGGGAAUAUCAGCGUAAGUUUCUUGAUGUGACGUGGAGCUUUUGUUUUUAGCCAAUAUGCCAACAUUCCCAAAACGAUUGAGUUUUUAUUUUGCCCCCCACAACCGUCGCAAAAUAAUUUAAUAUGACUAACAGUGUCUUCAAAAUUGGUAUUCAUUAGCCGAUGAAAUACCGCCGAAGCAAUCUGAUUAGAUCCUUUCUUUGCCUCAGUUUCCAACCACGUGUAAAUAAAUGUGUUUAAACAGUUUUGAGCCCCACGAGAUGGCCCUUGACAUACUGUUAAGUUAUACGUAUACAAUUGUCGGCUAAAGUAGGCACUCUGGUCUGGUACUUUUGGUAAAACCAAAUUCUUUUGACAGUCAAAAGAGAAAAUUAUUUCGUUGUCGCCUUGUGUUUUGAGGCUAGUGUAAAAGCAUUUGGCCUUUAGCUUGUGAAUACGAAGCUGAGCUAUUUGCAGCUGUUUUUUUGCUGUGUCGCGUUCUCUUUUAAUAACUUCUUUUAAUUGAAUGCAUUUAGAACAUGCAUCUGUAGCGGGAGACUUAAAACUCAAAUUAAAGUACUUGUUAAAGAUACGUCGGAAAAAUUCAUAUCUCACUGACACAUUCUGAGCGUCAUCGUUGUAAAGUUUAUGCAAUUUUUUUAUACUUAGAUCGCUGCUCAGAUAUUGCACAGUAGAUCUUCCUCUAACAUAAUGUGAUUCCAAAGCUUCAAGUCCCUUUAUAAACGAUUUUACGGAUUCUGUGCGAUCAGAAUACAGAUUGGACUUUCUAUUACCUCCUCUUCUUUCUUUCGGCAUUGCCAUCGUGAUUAAAUGCUGUUUACAAAUUCUUUGAAUUCUGUCCCUAGAGAUUCCCAGAAUUGUGGUCAUUGCUUUUUGACACACCUUAAUUAAUUUGACGCGGCGUCUUCCAGCCAAAUUUUCGUGCUUUGGUAUAAAAUAGCAUAUAGUCUGGGAUUUUCUCUUUCCUUCUUUUUUAGGAGUUUGCGCUGUACAGUAUUUUAAUAAAAAAGUAUCUUGGGUGACUUUAACUGAAGUUGAAUAAAAAUUCCGAUGAAAUUUACUGUAGUCUUGAACCGUUAAGUCGUUACACUUGUAUCCCUGUUUUGAAUUUCCAUGUACACAUUGUGGUAUAACUGGCAGUCCCUUAGGCAUAUGUCUAAAACAAAACAGAUAGGCACAUUAAUAAAUAACAAUAGAGCAAAAAAAUCCCCAGCAAAUAACCAGGUAUCUAUCCUAUUUACAAAAGGUAACCAUAAAAUAAUAAUCUUACCGUUUCGACUUCUCAAGUUCUCUCUUCCAUGUAGAUUUAUCAGCUAUCUUUUUACGUCCUCUUCUGUUUGGUGCCAAAACAACUUCUUGUUCUUGAUACUCCAUGAUAAUUUUAAUAGAAAAUACCUCGUUUUUAAAAGCCUGCAGUAUCUGAAGAAAGCAACGCGUGCAUGCACUUCGACAGUAUUAUGCGUACUGGCACUCAAGAUGGCGGCUUUUGCAAAAGUCACCACGCAACUUAGCGUCGUUUGCAAGUUAAUACAAACUUAGCGAUUUUUGAAAGU